AUGAACUGGAGAGCGGGUGCUCUCCGUAUUCGGUCCAGUUCCAGGCUUAUUCACAGAUCGGGGAUUUCUGCCCAACUUCCCAUUUCCGCGUACCGACUGAUCUCCCCCUUUGAGCGAAAAACUGCCUGGUCGCGUCGAUGCUCAUCACAAUGGACGUCCAACCCGAGAGUCUUCCCAGUCUUUGAUCUCGGCUUAUUGGAUUCAUCCGUCAAAACUGAGGAAGAGCUUGCGAUGGGAUAUGAGCCCAACGAGAUAUACACGUAUCCCGCUGAGCACGAAGAAAUUCUGAACGACAGGUACCAGAUUCUGCAGAAAAUCGGCUAUGGGCCCACGGCAACUAUUUGGUAUGCUGUUGAUUUCAUGGAACCGAGAAUGGUUGUUUUGAAGAUCUAUGUGGUGGACCAUAUGCUCAAGACUUAUGGACGGAUCCACCCACCAAAAUUAUAUCAGGAGAGCAAGUGCCCUCUUCACGAAGUUCGCGAUCGCUUCGGCAUUAAGGGUCCUCGUGGCCCUCAUAUUUGUGUUGUUCACGAGGCACCCUCGCUAGACCCAGAACAGGUGCAUGCGGGGGACAAGCUGGAUCUCGAUUCGGUGAGGUCUACGAUGAAACAAAUGCUGAUCAUGGUGGAUUUCCUUCACACCGAUUGUUAUCUGACUGCCCGCAUAAUGCCAAACAAAACACUCAACGUUGAUUCCGGCGACAGACGAGUUGCUGGACCCAGCAAUGACGAGCUUAUCACCCCAAUGAUACUCCCAGGCGACGGCGUUCCCCUCCGUCUGGACUUCCCGGACGAUGAUAUGUCCGGUAUCGAGGAAAAACAUUGCAGGCCCCCUGAAGAGGUCUUGAAAUCGAAAUCGGAUCACAAGGCAGACAUUUGGGCUGCUGCUAUUGCUGCAUGGAAUUACACCAAAUCCCAAGGGCUCAUCGACGGACGAAACUCAGACGGAGCCUUUGAUGACCGGGUCCACAUCGCAGAGCUGGUUUCUCUACUGGGACAUCCUUCACCAGAGUUCCGCGAGAAGACGCGACUAGGCUCCAUGUUCUGGGACGAACAAGGGAAUUGGACGGGCCAAGCUCCCAUACCAGAGCGAAGCCUCGAGAGCCUGGUAGCUGGCAAUGACGGCGAGGAUGUAGAGGGUUUCUUGCAGUGGAUGCGAAAAGCGCUACAAUGGGAUCCUGAAGAUCGGCCAACGGCUCUGGGGCUCUUGCGUCACGAGUGGAUGUCCAGGAAGACGAAGCCUGUGGAGGGAGAGGGGGUGGAUGUAUCCGUCGAGAGCACCCAAAUCUAG